CUCCCACUUGACACAAACGAGACAACCUCGGUAAGAGAGAGAAAGUGAAAGAACUCGAAGAAAAGAACAUGUUCUUCAACAUAAUGGUGUCUGGUUCCUCAAAAUCCACUUUUCUCGUCGAUCCAUGACCACCAUCUUCCUUUUCUUCUUCUUGAAUUGAAAAGAAAAAGAAAAGAUAGAGAUAGAGAGAGAAAUACCCAGAUAAUUAAAACGGUGAAAUUUUCGAUUUUGAUAACUGGGUAUUUCUCUUUUUUUGAUUUGGUUCAGUUUUGAUUUUCAUGGACUUGGAUAGCAUUGAGUGUGUUUCAUCUUCUGAUGGAAUGGAUGAAGAUGAGAUCCAACAUCGUAUUCUUCAUCCUCAUCCACAUCCACAUCAUCAUCAUCAUCACUCUGAGUUUUCUUCAUUGAAACCUCGUAAUGGAGGAAACACUAAUGUUAAUAACAUUAAUCUUGUUGUUGGUUCUACAGCUAUUGCUCCUGCUACCAGUGUUCAUGAGUUGUUGGAAUGUCCUGUUUGUACCAAUUCAAUGUAUCCUCCAAUUCACCAGUGCCACAAUGGUCACACAUUGUGUUCCACUUGUAAAACAAGGGUGCACAAUCGAUGUCCGACUUGUAGACAAGAGCUUGGAGAUAUCAGGUGUCUGGCACUAGAGAAGGUUGCUGAAUCACUCGAGUUACCGUGCAAGUACUACUCUCUUGGAUGUCCUGAAAUCUUUCCAUACUACAGCAAGCUUAAGCAUGAGACGGCGUGCAAUUUUAGACCCUACACUUGUCCUUAUGCCGGAUCAGAGUGCCCCGCUGCUGGUGAUAUUAACUUCCUCGUUGCACAUUUGAGGGAUGAUCAUAAGGUCGACAUGCACACAGGAUGCACAUUCAACCAUCGUUAUGUGAAGUCAAAUCCGCGCGAUGUAGAGAAUGCUACUUGGAUGCUCACCGUAUUUCAUUGUUUCGGCCAAUACUUCUGUCUUCACUUCGAAGCUUUCCAACUAGGCAUGGCUCCAGUUUACAUGGCAUUCCUCCGUUUCAUGGGAGACGAGAACGAUGCUCGAAACUAUACAUAUAGCCUCGAAGUUGGAGCAAAUGGAAGAAAACUCAUUUGGGAAGGUACACCACGGAGUAUCCGCGACAGCCACCGUAAAGUUCGAGAUAGUCACGACGGACUCAUAAUCCAACGAAAUAUGGCCCUAUUUUUCUCUGGUGGUGAUAGGAAAGAACUGAAACUAAGAGUGACAGGAAGAAUAUGGAAAGAACAACAGAAUCCAGAUGGUGGAGUGUGUAUACCAAAUCUUUGCAGCUAAUGUGGCUUUUAUUGUCUCUGUGUGAUGUAUUGUAUGUAUAUCUACACUACACUACACUACACUACACCAUCUUUGUGUAUGUUGUAAACUUGUAAUAGAUUAAAGUACUAAGAUGAUGGCUUUGAAAUUUUCUGUUUUUCCAAGUUGUGUAAUAAAACAAGAUUUGGAACUAUGAUUUAGACCAGUGUUGGAUCA